UGACAAGCAAGUCUCAAUUUUUGGUCGUUUUGUGCUCUGAGAGCCGCACCUGUGAAGGAGCUAUAUAUGUACAUUAUAUGCUUUGGAGAAAUGUCCUAGUCUUGUAAUACAUUGCAUUGUCCUGUAGCUCUAACCACUGCACCAGUCUGGGCUUCAGGGUCUGAAGGAGUUAAUGAAAUCAGGAAGUGAGAGAGAGGCUCUGCCUAAGCUCAUAGUGGAGGAUAUGGAUUGGACAGGCAAGCAGGAGUAAGGACGCUGGUCCUGUGCUUGGUUUUCACUCAUCAGUUACUUGUUUUUUAGUUUAGGUUUGGCAACACUGAACUCAACCUGACUUGGUGUAUCUGCCUGCUGCACGUGCACUUUAGUCAGGUCUGUGACAACAGCUGCCUAUACAGUUUGUGAACUAUGCCCAGAUCCAAAGAAAUUUCUGAAGACCUGAGAAAGAAAGUCAUUGAUGCUCAUGUGGCUGGAAAAGGUUACAAGUCUAUAGCUAAAUGCGUUGACCUCCACCGAUCCACAGUGAGACAGAUAGUGCACAGAUGGAAAAAAUUUAACACGAUUGUUACUCGUCCCAGAAGCGGACGCCCAACCAAAACCACUCAAGUACUCUUGGAAGUCACAAGAAAUGAUGUUGGGUAUGAAGAAACUGUGAGAGAAAACCGAGACUUUGACUCUCCCGUCAGUAUGGAAACGGAUAAUUCAACAGCAGAUGCAGAUACAGGCAUGAGCUUGGAUAUGAGGAACAAGACCCAUGAUCCUCCAGACUCAACUCUCUUGAUGUCACCAGCUGGCUCCACUUUAACUCAAUGGAUCCAACAGUACAGUUCGGUUUCUUUAGGACCAUACUUAAAAAGUCCUAAAGACCCCGAAUGUUUGAAUACAUUUGUUUUGAUGCCACAGUCCACAGAUACUGCCAGUCUUGGGUUUCAUGUUGUGUCAGAAGAUGCAACAGCGUUGGAUCCUGUAGAUGGACAAAGCUCCCAGGAAGAGGAAAUGCUGUGGUGUGACAUAUGCAACAAGUGUUUCCAUAAUGAAGCUGAACUUGAAAUUCAUCAAACAGCACACCUGGAGGAAACGCCAUUGGAAUGUGAAGAAUGUGGGGAAAUUUUUGACUCUGGACCUCAGCUUGAAAAACACACAGUAAAGAAACAUGGCAAAAUGCGCUAUCCCUGUGAGAUCUGUGGGUUACAGUACAAUUACAGGUCACAGUAUAUUAUACAUCAACGGGCCCACACUGGGGAGAAGCCGUUCUGCUGUAAUGAAUGUGGUCAGGCAUUUGGACAUAAAAACAGUCUGGUGAUACACCAGAGAAAACACACUGGGAAUACCCCGUUUAAAUGUGACAAAUGUGGAAAAAUGUUUGCUGCAGAGGAAGCAUUAGAAAAACACAACAAAUUUUACUUUUGUGCAAAGUGUAAAAAAUGCUUCACUUGCAGAGCACUGAGACGCCACAUGCAAAUGCACGCCUGAAGAGAGAGGAGAAAAUGCGUCUCUAGAUAUUUAAUACACUUUAUAUUUCAUCUAAGGCACCCACCAAUAUGUGUGUGUCAUGUGAGUUGACUGCAACAAACAAGAUUAUUGAAUGAUCUCCAACUGCUUAUUUGUUAUAUGCUUUAAUUUCAAAGUACAUUGAGACAUUAAACUCUAUAUUCAUACAUUUCAAUAAAAAAAUGGGGGCGUUCCGAGGA